GAGCAGCUUUAUUUCUUUUUUUUUUAGUUUUUUAUCUUUCUGAAAGCAUAUACAUCUUUGAAUGCUCAAUUUAUUAUUAGAGGCAAAUUCCUUGUCUUUUCUUUUUUUCUUCAAUUUAUUCCUGACACAUUCCUUUUGCGCGAGAAAAUUGAUAAAAGUUGUGGACUUGGAAUGUUGAGUAUUGACUAUUUCUUUAUUAAAUUUAAUCUCGAUAUGACGUGCCCAGGGACUGAGCCGCCAUAAUAUACGAAAGCUGCUUCCAUAUAAUCUCUCAAUAUACUCGGUAAUCAUCCAAAUUCCCAAUAUUCCUCUUAAUUCCCCACCCCAUUCAAAUAUCUUUCUAAACUUCUAAAUUGGAGAGAUCAGGGGAUUUGGAGGGAUUAAGGACGAUAUCAGUGGAACUGAGCCACACCUAAACACGAUUAGAAUUUUUUCUCAACCCGCAAUCCGAUACGAAGAAAAUUUUCAAACCCGAUCCGAAACUCGAUCCGGGUUUUCUCUCAUCUCGGUCCAUCCCUGAUUAAUUUAAUUUACUUAAUUUAUUAAUUUACUUACAUACAUGCUUUAUAAAUUUCUAAUUGAAGCAAAAUUUAAUAAAAAAUAGGUAAAUAAAAAUAAGGUUAAAUUUUUUUCUUAAUUUUCGCUCAGAAUUUAAUAAAUGAAUAAUAUUCAUCAUCAUUAUUCUUUUUCUACGCCUUCAUCAUCAUCUACGUUAAUUUCAUCUUCUCACAUUCCACCUUCUGAAUUUUUAGCAAUUUCUUCCCCAUCCCCUCCUCACACUAUAGCUGCCACAUCCUCCGUUCAUCAUAUGAGGUUGGCAUUGACUGUAACACAUUUAUUGCUUGUAUCUCUUGGUAACUUUAGAAGAAUUAAAUAG